AGAUUUUGGUUCACUAAUCUAUGAUACUAUUUUUAGCAUCCAGUGAUAUGGCAGCCCUCAGCAGACGGCCAUCACUGGAUUGGUCAUAUGAUAUUGAAGAAAGCAGUAUUAGACGGCUCGGGAAAACCAAGUGACUCCAGUGUGCUAGGUUUGAAAAUUGUUGGCGGUCGUAUGACUGAUGCCGGAAGUUAUGCUGCCUACAUCACCAAAGUGAAAAAAGGUUCAAUAGCAGAUACCGUCGGUCAUUUACGAGCAGGUGAUGAAGUUAUUGAAUGGAAUGGCCGUUCCUUACAAGGUGCAACAUUUGAGGAGGUGUGUGACAUUGUCUUAGAAUCAAAACAAGAACCACAAGUUGAGCUGAUUGUUCAUAGGAGUAAAAG